AUUAAUUAACUAAUCCCAUCUCAACCAAAUCAUUUCUUCCUCUCCUUUUCUUAAACCACCUAACAGAAUUAAAUUUACAAUUUCUGAUAUCAGAAAACCAUGGUUUACCUCUGCCUUCUAAUCUUGGUUUCCCUAAGUUCAAGCUAUGCUCAGCAGUUCUAUGACCAAUCAUAUUGCGGUGUUGAGGCUAGCAAUUCAGGCUCAAGAUACAUUUGCAAUAUGUUCCAAAAUUCUUGCCAAACAUUCUUGGUCUACAGAGCCAACCCAAAUUUUCGAACUGUUUCGAAUGUCUCAGACUUGUUUCGAAUGGAUUCUGAUCAACUGCUUGGACUCAACAAUCUCACAUCUCCUUCUGAGGAACUGAAAUCAGGUAGGGAAGUUAUUAUUCCCAUUAAAUGUUCUUGCUCAGGUCAAUAUUUUCAGGCAAGUUUCAGCUACACGGUUUUGCAAAACACGUCAUACUCCGAGGUUGCUUGUGGGGUUUUCGAAGGCUUGCUCAAGUCAUUUACACUCAGGGAGGAAAAUAUGUCCCAAGAAAACAAGCUUAUGGUUGGCACUGAGCUUCAUGUGCCUCUAAGAUGUGCUUGUCCUGAUAAGUUAGCUAGCAGUAGUGGAGUGAAGUACCUUGUGACCUACCCUCUCAUAGAAGGUGACGGGCCAGUCAUCUUGAGCCAGAAGUUUGGCAUCUCUCCUGAAGAUUUUUUAUCAGUGAAUCAUUUAGCAACUGAUGAAACUGUGUUUCCGAAUACAACUGUUUUAGUUCCCUUGAGAGCAGCUCCAGUGUUAAACUUCAACAUCCAAUAUUCUCCCCCUCCAGCUCCUGCUUUUCUUCCCACAAUUUCUGUGGAAAAAUCUAAUAGAAAUGCAAAACUGAUCAAGAAAUUGUAUGUAGCCGGGUCUGUUGUUGGGUUUUCUCUGCUACUGGCAGCUUUAAUUGCAUUUGUAAUUUUGUAUAGAAGGGCCUUAAGGAAAUGGAAGAGAGAGAAGAUAAUGUCCUUUACUGCUUUAAGCUCUCCAAUUUCAUGUUCAACUGUCAGAAGCCCGUUUAAAUCCGGUCAGACAGGCAGAAGCUCUCCGAUUUCAUCAUGUUUAUCGCCUGAUAUUCUUGCUGGAUUGAAGUACUCAUUGUUCAAUUAUAGCAUAGAAGAACUGAGAAGAGCAACAAGGGAUUUCAAUGAAGAAAACAAGAUUGGUUCUCAAGCGUACAGGGGAAUAAUAAAUAAUGUUGAAGUGAUGAUCAAGCAGAUGAGAUUUGAGGACACGAGUCAUGUUAUUGACGUGCAUUCGAAGGUCAACCACAUCAAUAUCUUGAACUUAGAGGCGGUUUCUUACGGCGAAAAUCACAUGUCAUGGUCUUAUCUAGUUUUUGAGUUUCCGAGCAAUGGCUGCUUGAGGGGCUGCUUGUCUAGUCCAUCUAGUCCUCUCAAGUGGCAUUGGCGAACACAAAUAGCUUUCGAUAUUGCAACUGGACUGCACUACUUACACUGUUGUACUUUCCCUUCUUGUGCUCACCUAGACAUAAACACUAGAAACAUUUUUGUGACAGCAAAUUGGAGGGCAAAGCUUUCGAACAUUGGAACCAUAUCGGCUGAGGGAUUUUCGGAAGGAAAUGACAAAGGAUGGGUUGCACCAGAGUACCUUCUACACGGAUCAGCUUCUGAGAAGGUGGAUAUUUUUGCAUUUGGAGUUGUUUUGCUUGAGCUCAUCUCAGCAAGAGAGGACAUUGAUGGGAAGUCGUUUAAAGAGUCCAUCAAAUUUUUGGGAGAAGGUGCUAGCGAAGGCGGUUUCCUCGAACAACUUCGGAGCUUCAUGGAUCCACAGUUGGAGGAUUAUCCUCUUGCAGAGGCCUUAUGCUUAGCUGUUUUAGCGAAGGCCUGUGUGGAGGACGAUCCUCUCCAUCGGCCAUCCAUCGAUGACAUCAUGAAAGUCCUCGCGAGAAUGGUAUGAUCGAGAACUUGAUCGAUAAUGAAGAACCACGUUCGUUACCGAUCAGGGUAUAAAAAUUGUCCAUCAAGUAAUGUAAUGGCCUAAAAUAUGUAAUUAACUAGCUUGAUAUAUGCUUUCUCGUGCUUCUAAUUAAACUCACCUCUACAUAAUUAUA